AUUCGACACUGAAAUUAUGUUAUCGAUCCAUAAUAAACGUCGCUUGAAUCGAAUUUGAAAUGGCCGACGUUUAGGGGGAGUGUCCAGCGGAUAUUUGGGUUCUUAUUGAUUUAAAUAAAAAAGAUAUCCACAGUGCCUCCUCGUGAGGCCACAACACAUUCCAUUUAAAAAGACUGAUUUUAAAAAUUGCCUGAAAAUGGCCUGGCGUUUUAAAGCCUCUAAGUAUAAAAAUGCGGCACCUAUUGUGCCGAAGCCCGAGGCCUGCAUACGGGACAUUUGUGUCGGUUCAUAUCAGACUUAUGGCAAUAAUAUAUGUGCAUCUGCUGCUUUCAUGGCAUUCAAUUGGGAGCAUGUGGGUUCUAGUUUGGCUGUUCUACCUUUAGAUGAUUGUGGUAGGAAAAGUAAGACGAUGCCACUGCUACAUGCGCAUUCUGACACAGUGACGGACAUGGACUUCUCUCCCUUUCAUGAUGGCCUGCUUUUAACUGGCUCCCAGGAUUCCUUGGUAAAAGUAUGGCAUAUCCCACAAGAGGGAUUAAAAGAAUCCCUUUCAACUCCCGAAUGCACACUGUCACAAAAGCAAAGGCGUGUUGAAAAUGUUGGCUUCCAUCCAGUUGCUGACGGACUUAUUCAUGUUGCUUCCGGACAUGAGCUCGCUCUUUGGGAUCUCACUAAGCAGAAGGAAGCUUUUGUUAACAAGGACCAUACAGAGGUGAUCCAAUCAACGUCUUGGAAGAAAGAUGGGAAGCUAGUAGGGACUUCGUGCAAGGAUAAGAAAGUGCGUAUCUUGGAUCCUCGGACACCAAACCCGGUGUUGGGUGUGACUAACAGCCACCAGAACAUCAAAGACAGUCGACUAGUCUGGCUCGGUGAUAGUGACAGGAUCUUAACAACAGGUUUCGAUUCGGCUCGCCUCCGUCAAAUAAUGAUAAGGGAUGUACGUAAUUUAUCUCAGACACAGAAGACAUUGGAACUGGAUUGUUCUACAGGAGUGCUGAUGCCCUUGUAUGACCCUGAUACAAAUAUGCUGUUCUUAGCUGGGAAGGGAGAUACGACUAUAUUAUAUAUGGAGCUAUCUGAUAGAGAGCCAUAUCUCAUUGAAGGAUUGAGGCAUUCAGGGGAGCAGACGAGAGGCGCUUGUCUUGUGCCGAAGCGAGCGUUGCGUGUUAUGGAGGGCGAGGUGAACCGCGUGCUGCAGUUGGCGGGCUCCGCCGUGAUACCCGUCAUGUACCAAGUACCGAGGAAGAGUUACCGGGACUACCAUGCUGAUUUGUAUCCUGAUACGACGGGUUGUGUCACAUACCUGAGUGCUCCGAUGUGGCUACAGGGCAGUGAUUACCCCGUGCCAAACAUCUCUCUCAGACCCGACCACGACAAUUGCAGUCAGAUACACCGCGGAAACCUCGAAGAAUUGGUGAAAGUGAUCCUAUCGAUGCCAGCGCCGAAGAACGGCGAGGCGAAGCCAGUCGUCCAGAACAGAGAGAACGAGGAAUCUGUGAAGGUCAUACUCACACCGGAACACAGAGACGAAGACCGAAUAGACUUUGUUAACGUCAAGGACAUGAUAAAGGGUAUGGAGAAGCAGAAGGAAACGAACGGUUACCUCAAGAAAGCAACCGACAACGACCACGACGAACAGAAGAAUAGUGAAGGACGCUCGCUGGAGAAGAAUGAGAGCUCGGACUCGUCGGAGUCGCUGUCCAGGAGCAAUAGUUUGAUCAAUGGCGUCCCAGCCCAGGUGCCGAAGCCGCUACCCAGGUCGUCCAUAUCCGAAGGCAGCUCCACCGACGAACAGGAAGCGCCCAAACCGAAACCCAGAACGUCGACCAUACCCGGCGCCGGCUAUAAGCCCCGCCUCGGGCCGAAGCCGUUUUCAGCGGCAACUGGUAACGAGGAAUUUUCCUUCGACAAAGUUUUCUCUGUUCCACUAGUCCCCGGUGUGUCGAGGUCCGACUCAGGACAAUCACCAGGUACACCAGUGGCGCCUGUACCGUCAGUCAAGGACGAUGACAAAGAAAAGUCACUCUCCCCUACUAGUGACGCCGAACUCACUAAAGAAGAAUAUACCAAUGGCAAAUCGGACACGAGUGUCGAAGAGGAGGUCAGCUACAGACCCAAAACGCCGAGCACCGCCGAGCGACGGAAGAUGUUUGAAAAUACUGACAGGUCGAUGUCUGUCCCGGCGCCGGCGUCGCCAGCUCCUCUGAGACGCCGAGAUUCUGUUAAAUCCCGAAAGAGCCCCGAACGAGAAGAGAAACGAUCAUCCGUUCCUAACGUCACCACUAAGAGAACGUCCACUGUAUUUGGCAAGGUGUCAAAAUUCCGUCACCUGAAAGGCACUCCAGCACACAAGUCGACGCACGUGGAGAACAUUAAGAACAUAAGUCGACAGAUAUCUGGAGAGUGCAACGGGUUCUAUGCAAACGGCGUGCGCUGCGCCGUGCCCCUGUCUGGUGGCAGCGGCCGCCUGGGGGUGGUGGAGCUCCCUUGUGGCGCGACUCGCCUGAGUGCGGUGCCGUGCGGCCAGUCUGCGCUGACCCCCGCCGCCGGAGGUCCACCGGCCUUGCUACACGCGGCGCCGCUACAGGACUGGGCCUUCGACCCCUUCAACGACCGCCGGCUUCUGGUGGCCUGCGACGACGGAAUGGUCCGCGAGUGGAUCCUCCCCGAAGGAGGUCUCCAAGAGUCUACGAACGAGCCUAACCGCACGUUCUCCGCUCACCCCGAUAAGAUAUACAUUAUUAGAUUCCAUCCGACCGCUUCCGACGUGCUCACCACUGCCGCCCACGACCAGACUAUCAAGAUCUGGGACCUCAGCCAGGACGUACCGACGGCCGAGAUCACGCUAACCGGUCACACCGAUCAAAUAUUCGCAUUGGACUGGUCGCCGUGCGGGGAGUAUCUCGCUACACUCUGCAAGGAUGGCUUUAUACGGAUCUACUCGCCUCGCUCUAAGACUGCUCCUCUCCGCUCCGGCCCCGGGCCGAGUUCUCGCGGCGGUCGCCUCGUGUGGGCGCUCGGAGCCACUCACCUCGUAGUCACCGGCUUCGACAAAGUAUCGGAGCGUCAAAUAAUGCUGUACAAGGCCAGCGACCUGUCUUCGCCUGUAUGCACCGUGGGCUUGGACGUAUCGCCGGCCAUACUACAGACAUACAUCGACCACGACUCGAACACAUUGUUUCUGACGGGACGAGGUGAUUCUACUAUAUACUGUUACGAGGUGACGUGUGAAUCUCCGUACAUCUGCGCGCUCUCUCAUCACCGCGCCGCCUCUCUUCAUCAAGGGAUCUGUUUCCUUCCUAAGAACCUAGUCGCUGUAGAGAAGGUGGAAUUCGCACGAGCGCUGCGACUGACUAAUGGAACGAUCGAGCCUUUGUCCUUCACUGUGCCCAGAAUAAAGAGCGAGCUGUUCCAAGACGAUCUUUUCCCUCCCACGUUGGUGACGUGGCAGCCCUGGCAGAGCUGCCGCGACUGGUUCGCUAACAAGCAUGUGGCAGCCCUAACAGCCAGUCUGCAACCGCCCGGAAUGGAGCCAUUGUCGGCCUACUCCGCGCCCGCUAAGGAGAAGCCGAAACCCAAGCCCGACCUUAUAAAAUCUCACGUCCCCAUGGACCCUAAAGACAAGCAGGAUAGUAUAAUGAAGUCAAUGAGUGCUAAGGUGACAAUGAAUUUGAAGUUGGAGCAGGACAAUAUGGAGGGCGUGGACGAAUCCGAGUGGGAUCAUUGAAUUUCAUUAUGUCAUUUAUUUAUUAGCUUUAGUUUGUGAACAACCUGUAUAUGUAUUAAUAAUCUGAUCGCUAGAACAUCCUGUAUAAAUGUGUUCUGAUAUGUUAUUCGAAAAUGUAGGUAACAUAAAUUUUCUGUCCCAGAAUAGAAAUUGCAUUUAGGAGAUUCAGCCGGAUCGUUCGAUGUCGAUUGUUCUAGAAGUUUCUAGACAAUAACAUUCAGUUAAAAAUAUGAUUUAUACUAUCAUAUGAAUUGACAUUGGGAGUUAAACUGGUGCACUAAAUAUAUGGACUUAGGUAAAAGUCGUUUUCGUCGUAUAUAUGACUAAAUAGCGUCUUAGAUAGUAGUCCGUCUGUAUGGAUGGUGAAGUCCUGAAACCUAGGUUACCUAGCAUACCUAAGUAUUUUGAUACUCGACCCAUAUUUUAUAGAAUUUUUUUCAUGCAAAUAACUUUAUACGAUGUCCCCGCAAUUACGAGAUCUCUUACAGAUUUAGGUGACUAGGAUUAAGGUAUACUUUUUCUCAUUAUAUAAAAUUAUUUGAAACUUGCAUUACUUGGAAGAUGAAUUUUAUUUGAUUUUGAUGAAAAUGUGAUUAAAAAAUCGGCAACGCAAAUUAAAACUACAUGUUUAAUUUAUUUGUAUGGUUUGUGUAUUAAUUAAAUAAAAACAAAUAAUAUUCUAUACAAAUGAAUAUAUUUUGUUUAUGUUAGUGAGAGGAACUUUUUUGUAAGUAAUUCUCUACCAACUAAACCACUAAUAUCUAACUGCCCUUUACACACACAUAUAUAUAUAUAUAUAUAUAUAUAUAUAUAUAUUUAUAUGUAUAUAUACUUUUUGGUACCAAUAAUAUGCAAUUUAUGUAUAUUUAAAUUAUAUAUAAUUUUUAUAUCGACCUGAAAUGUAUUUGUUUUGUAUGGAAUGUUGCUUGUUGGGUUUGAACCGUUUUCAUUAUUUUCAAUCAACUGGCUGUAGGCGUGUUUAACAUUUAAUCGAAAUUAGAACCGAAUGUAAAAUAUAUUGUUUACAUGUCGUGUUAUGUUUAUGUAUAACUUAUCAAUGGCGGAAGAAGCAUAAGUAGGCUCAUUUUAAGUUUGCAACGUCACUACAUACAUACGAAGCGCCCGGCUUCCCUCGUCAUACAACCUGCGUUAAUAUUACGUGUGAAGAUUUAUGAGCGACAAGCUCUCCGCGAUAUGUAUCUGGUGACGUCUCAGUCGCAAUAAGCGUAUAGAAUGAUUUUGUGUUGUGAUUUACGGAAACGACCAAACGAUAUGCUCAGUCGAUGCUCAUUUUGUUAUAACUUUAAUCGAUUUCUAAUAAAUAUUAAACGACGGCGCCGCAGAUUAAAAAUAUCGGCGUCCAUAGACAUUCCUACAUUUGUAACGCAUUUAUUUACUCUAUGUAAUAUGUAUUAUGUAUUCUUAACGUUAAGGAAGUAUAGGGUACACCUAUGUAUUAGGGAAUUGAUAAUAAUGUAACCGGUAUAUAUAUAGUCAUUAUAUAUAAAGAUAUUAAAAGAAACAGAGUCUACACCAGCUAGUGAUGCCAUAACAUCUGUUUGCUCAAAACGCCAAAGAUUUAAUUGUAUCGAGUCUCUGUUUUAUUAUGGAUAAUAGAUUUAUUCAUUUUGUACUUGAAUUUCUCGCAGCCGAUGUAUAUUUGUUCUGUGACUAUUCUUAGGGCGGGAGCGUAUUGAUCUGUUGUGUUCUUAAGCCGGAAGGCAAUCGGUUUGGUGCAUUCGUUACGAAUGUAUAUCGAUAAAAUACUUCGUUUUAAUAGCGUCGAUCGCUGAUUUAAUAAUUGUUACGUUCAGAUAACAUGCGACAGAUCUCACUCUGGCUUUAUAAGAAGUUUGUGAUUUUGAAAAUUUAUUGAGUUUCUAUAAAAUUUUUGAUUUAACGAUUUGUAGGUACGACUUUGUAACUCUCAUGUUCUAUAUAACUAAAUAUAUAUAUCAAUCGAACACUAUUUUUCGGAUAUAAUUCGUGGAUAUUUUUUUUUGUAUCUGAACGUUUAUAUAUUACAGUGAUCGUAUUGUUUAGAUUGAACAGAAGUAUCUCUGCGAAAUGAUAUCCAAAAAUAUAGUUUCAUUUUAAUAUGUAUAUUAAGUGGUAUAAUGUUAAUUUUAAUGAAUUAAAACUAGUAUUGUAUUUAAUUAUUUUUUUUGAUAUUAAGUUCGUAUUAUAAUCGAAUCUCUUUUGUUUAAAAGUUUCCUUAACAUGGCUGUAAUCGUCGCUGCAUUUUUAUUUCGGUUUUGAUAUACUGUAUCGGCCUAUGGAAUUUAGGGUCGAUUCACAUUGGCGGUGUUUUGUGACGUUUAACGCUCGUUUUUAUCGGCCUGUGUGAACACACAGAUCUUGAAUCGAAUUACAAAUAAUUCUGUUGUGAAAAUAAACGGACAAAUGUCUGUUGUGAACGUUUCACACGAGCAUUAAAGUGGAAAAAAUAACGAAUCUAUCUGUUAUUAUGGCCACUAAAGUAAUAAACACACUGGGCGUUAAACGCUACUAAAAACCGUCCAUGUGUGAAGAUCCUAAGGCGUUAUAUUUUUCCCACUCUGUACUCGUGAGACGGUGACGUACAUACGCUUUUGUAUUACUUAAAAUAUAUGUAUAGAUAUAAUUUUAUUCGCUAGUCAUGGUAUUCUUUAAAUUUUAAUACGUAUCACAUGAUAAUAAGGUUCAUAUUCCUUUGAGUCGAAAGUAUUAACAUAGUUUUUCAUACUGGUGAUUAUAUCGGACACGAUCCGUAUCUGUGGCCAAUAAUUUCGACUGUGCACUUAUAAACAGCUUCAAGCUAAGACGCACUCGAGCACUAUCCAUAGUAAAUACGGUAGCGGUAAAAAUAAGCUCAAUUUAUAUAUAAUAUAUAUUAUAAUUUAAUAUUCUAAUAGGGUUGGAAAAUUAACUACGAACCUAAAAAAAAUUCUAGUAAUUUGUCAUAUUUCUUUGAUAUAUUUUCUCGUCUGGUGAUUUUAAUUCAACAUAUUUUAUUAUAUGGCAACCCCGAUGUAUGUUCCUCCGAAUAUGUUAAGCCGGUGUUGCUAUGUUUAUUUUCAAAUCGAUUUAAAUUUAUUUAACGUGUCUUCCAAAGUUUGAUGACUAAAUUGUGUGAAAUGAACCGCCUUAAAUAGCACAAACAAUAAAAACUCGGUACCAUUCGUUUCUGAACUCGUUCGGAAACAAAAUCUAUGUUCUUUGUCUCGAAAUUUGGUGCCAAUUACUUGUGAUUGUAGAUUGGCGUUAUAUCUUCAACAUGACAUUUUUUUUUUAAUAUUAUUCAUAAGCAGACGAUCUUUCAACCAUGUGUAACGAAUACUCUGUAAUGUGUGAGUGCGUGUAUUUUGUAUUUUUGGAUGUUAACCUACUGAUAUCCCUAGCAAUAAGGUUCAAUAUUUGGAGAUAUUUUAUUACUUUGCAUUUUUUUAUUAAACUCUUGCUAAAUU